AUGCACGCAGGGUUCCUGCACCGACGUCUCCAGCCCCCUGCAGACCUUAAACUGUUCGGUCGUUACACCGUGAGAGUCCUCGAUUUGUUGCCAGGAUGCGGUAUCCCUCAAAUCAGCAAUACGACCUCGGAUCCUACAAGAAACCUGACGCAGCCCGGCUCCGACCGAAUCCUUGGAGGAUCUGGAGUUCCAGUUCAGAGGAGGUAUCCCUGGAUGGCAUGGAUCGGGGCCUUUCCCUAUCGGGUGUCAUAUUGCGGGGGGUCCCUCAUCAACGACCGGUAUGUCCUCACGGCUGCCAGCUGCAUCGACCCGAGCUACCAAACCUACUUCGUGACUCUAGGAGACUUCAAUAGGUCAACGUGGUCCGACAGUCAUUCCAUCCAGAUUCCAGCCUCACCCAUCGUUCAUCCUCAGUAUAACUCGAGCGACCGAAACAACGACAUCGCACUACUGAAACUCAAGACCCCGGUGGACUUCAAGGCCUUCUCGCAUAUCCGUCCCGUAUGUCUCUCUUCCAGUGGUAUUCCCACACCGGGACAAUUUGUCACAAUUGCCGGCUGGAGUGGCAUCGGUGUCAACCAUGGAACUCCCGAGAAUAAGCUGAAGGUGGCUAAGAUGAGAGUGGUCAGUCAGGAGACCUGCAAGGUUUCUUAUCCGGUCCACGGCACGAACAACACCAUCUGUGUUCAGCCUGUCGCUGAGAACUCAUGCAAAGUAAGCCUCGAGACGGAAGACGGUGAUUUUGGAGGACCGCUGGUGUACCGAACUCCAGCCGGAUACUACCAGAAUGUCGGCAUCAACUCCUAUACGAAAACAGGGUGUCUUCCGAACUCGGGAAUCAUGGCCACGAAGACGGCAAAUUACGUGGACAACUUCAUCAAGGACAACACCCAAGAUGCUCAAUGGUGCCCGACGGGUUGAUUCCUUCCUCGCAGGCUUCUGAGAGUGCCUUCACGUUGUGACCUCGAGCUGGAAGGCCCUCCAUUCGUGCAUCCCUCUUGAAUUUUUUUUUCUGGAAGCGA